CACCGGAAUUUCCGGUUUCCUCUGGAUCGGCGUUGCGGCUUCGCUGUGGAGGCCCAGGGUGGCAGAGCUGCCUGCCUUCCUUGUGAAAACAAAGCUGCAGUUUGACAAAAAACAAGAACACUUUCUUCUGUUUGUCUUAUCACAGACAAAAUGUGGGGAAACCCUCGACCAGCCAACAGAAUGGGUCCUUUUCGUGGGAGCCAAGAAGAAAGGUUUGCUCCCGGGUGGAACAGGGAUUACUCUCCUCCUCCCCUUGAUAGUCUUGCUCAAGAAAGACACUCUGGCAACUUCUCUGGCAGAGAAUCACUUCCUUUUGAUAUCCAGGGACACCCAGGCAUCCUCAAUCCUCAGUUUGCCAACAGAGAGGAACCUACUUUCAGCUUUGGAGGUAGAGAUGGACCACAUAGUGACUUCAGAGGUGGGGAGGGUCAUUUGCAUGGUUUUGGAGGCAGAGAUUACCCACCUUCUGAUUUUCAGAAUAGAGAUGAGUCACACUUGGACUUUAGGGGCAGGGUGCCACUUCUUCCAGAUUUUAGAGGCAGGGAGAUGUAUCAAGGAGAUUUCCAGGAUAGGGAGGGCCAAUCUAUGGAUUAUAGUGGAGGAGACAUUCCUCCAAUGGAUUACAGGAAUAGGGAUUCUUUCCGUAUGAACUACAGGGAUAGGGAAGCUCAUAAUAUGAGCUAUAGAGGCAGAGAUGAUGCUCCAUCUGAUUUUCGUGCAAGGGGAACAUUUGAUUUAGACUUCAGAAACCGAGAUGGAUCUCACCCACACUUUAGGGCAAGGGACAUGUCUGAACAGGAUUAUAGGGGCAGGGAGCAGCCAUAUUCAGAGUUUAGGAAAAGAGAAAUUCCUGAUAUGGACUUGAGGAGCGUGGGUGCAGCUGACCUAGACUUCAGAGACAGAGAUGCACCCCAUUCAAAUUUCAGAAAUAGGCCAAAAUCUCAGGCUGAUCAGGAUUUUAGGGGUAGGGAUGUGCCACCUACUGUGGAUUUUGCUGACAGAGAUGUGCCCUCAGUGGACCCAAACCUUGUGGACUACCAGCAUAGCCUUUCUACAGUGCCGCCAACAGAUAGAGAAUCUGAGGUAGAUGAGGCUGGACUUGCUGCUAGAGAGAGGUCUUCCUUUAGUGUUCAAAGCAAGGAGUUUCCACAUUCAGAACCAAGAGCCAGAGAAGAAGAAUCUCAAAGACAGAAGCCUGAGACUGACUCUUCACUAGACUUCCAAAGUAGCUGUGGUCCUCUUCCCACUCUUCAGGACCAAGAUAAGCCUUCUCAGGCCUUUGUUAGCAAUCAGGAGUUCCCUGCGGGUGAACAGCAAGUGUCUGAACCAUCUGCUCUUGGACCUAAGGAAAAAAGUGACCUGGAGUUCCUUGGAAGGCAGGAUACAGACUAUAGGGGCAUUGAGUAUCGAGAUGUAGAUCAUCGACUGCCAGGAAGUCAGCUGUUUGACUAUGGACAUGGCAAGUCUUUUGCAGAGGGCAAGUCUUCUAAAGAUUCUCAGCCAGAUCUUCAGGACCAGGAUUAUAGAACCGGCCUCAAAGAUGUAAAACCGAGUAAGCUGAUUCGACUAGGAAAAGUGCCUCAAACUGCAACAAAAGAUGAUAUUCUUAAUGCUUUCCAAGCUUGUGUUGGGACACCAGUGAAGAAUAUGCGCCUGAAAGAUUAUACUACAGGUUACGACUAUGGCUAUAUCUGCGUGGAGUUUUCCCUCUUGGAAGAGGCCAUCGCCUGCAUGGAAGCCAACCAGGGACACCUUGUGAUUGGUGAUAAAGAAGUGACUCUGGAGUACAGCCAGUCACCUGAAUUUUGGCACUGCAGGCGUUGUAAAGUGUCCACAGUAGGGUAUCGUUCAUCCUGUUAUUACUGCAGACUCCCAAGAGAUGUAACAGAAGAAAAGGUUGAAAAGGGGGAGGAACCUCUUAAGGACCCUGCUCCUCCACAGGAACCUUCUCCUCAGAUACCUACUUCUGAGCAGGAAAGUCAACCUCAGGAACCUGAACCCAAGAAGGAUGAAAGUAGGGAACAAUGGCAUUCACAGGAAAAGAAAAGGGACUCUGAAAUGUACCCACCUCGAAGGGAGAACCAAGAACAUGGUUCAAGAAGAGAAUCCAUGGAAACCAAAAAUCAGGAGGAUGAGAGUAAAACAAUUAUGCUAAAACACAUCCCUCGCUUCACUCCGCCGGAAGUGAUUGUAGGACUUCUGGCACCCUACGUCCGCUUGUCUACUUCAAGUGUGCGCGUCAUGAAGAACAAAGCCGGUCGGAUGGGCUACACCUAUGGCUUCAUUGAACUGGAUUCUCAUGCUGAAGCAGUCCGCUUAGUGAAGGUUUUACAAGAUCUGGAUCCCCCAAUCAGCAUAGAAGGCCGUGCUGUGAAUGUAAACCUAGCCACCGGAAAGAGGAGAAAUGAAUAUGGAGACCAUGGUGAUGCUCCACGCUAUAGCCAGGGCAAACGGGGCACAGGUGACAGGAGAGGCGCUGACUCACAGAAGCGAAGAUCAGAGUCUUCCUCCGAUGUGUCCACAUUCAUUUAUGAUCCAGACACUGGAAACUAUUUUGACCCCAUUACAGGGGUAUACUAUGAUCCCAAUACUCAGAGAGAUGUUCCAAUGGGUCGAGAAGCAUCUUCAUCCCCACCACCACAUACUGGGAGGAGGCGCAAGAGCCAGGAUAGGACAAGUGAACGAGAUGAGCCAUCCAGUAGAGAUAACCGAGAGAGAAGAGAGAGACACAGAAACAAGUCAGCCAAGAAUGAGAAUCCAGAGGAAAAGCUUCCUGCAGAAGAUGUCUUUAAAAAACCACUACCUCCAACACUGAAAAAAGAAGAAAGUACACCCCCACCAAAGGUGGUGAAUCCUUUGAUAGGACUCCUAGGAGAAUAUGGUGGAGACAGUGACAAUGAGGAGGAGGAGGAAGAAGAGGAGGAGCCACAGCCACAGCCACCACGGCCACCAGUGCAACACGAGGAACGGCCACAGAAGCUUGAAAAUGAUGAAGAGAAGCUGACUGACUGGAAUAAGUUAGCAUGUUUACUUUGCCGGAGACAGUUUCCAAAUAAAGAAGUCCUGAUCAAGCAUCAACAACUUUCCAAUCUUCACAAACAAAACCUAGAAAUUCAUCGUAAAAUAAAACAAUCGGAGCAAGAGCUUGCGUAUUUGGAGAGGCGAGAACGUGAGGGAAGGUUUAAAGAAAAGGGAGGUGACAGAAGAGAGAGAUUUGAGGAACGGAACUCUCCAGAGAGAAAACGACUGAAGAAUUUCAGGAAUUCUGAAAGUGACUAUAAGCCCACAGAUCGAGGAAGACUGGAGAGCAAUAACAAAGGAAGCCGUAUGAUGCAGGCUAUGGGCUGGAAGGAAGGUUCAGGUCUGGGUCGCAAUGAACAGGGCAUGACGUCACAAGUGGAGGCUGAAAGUCGAAAGAGGGGAGCAGGAUUAGGGACCCAAGGAAGGCCCAGCAGAAGGCAGUCUAAUGAAACGUACCGAGAUGCUGUGCGGCGAGUCAUGUUUGCCCGCUACAAGGAACUUGAAUAAAUAUGGAAAAAAAUCCCACCAUACCCAACACACCCCAUUACCCUUCAGCCCUUCUUUGUGUCUGUCUUGUUUUUUGAAUCAAUGUUUUUUUGCUGCUGAAGUGUGUUUUUGUUUUUGGAAUAAAACAAAAAAGUCAA